GAAUUGAAUAAUUUUAUUUGUUUUGGGUUUACAAAUCGGACCCUAUCAACCUUCUGUUUAGGUAUAGAAACCACUGUGAUUGAGAAGGAAUAUAAGAAUGUUUCAAUUCAACUUUAAUGUGGAAGGAAGUGAUGCUAAAGCUUAAAUAAUCAAGGUUUUGUCAACUGUCAUCAGUAGCCACAUUUGAUCUUUGUAUUGGUUUUAAUUGCACAAUAAAGUGGUGAUUAAAUCCAUCUUUUUGAUCUGUGAACAUUAAUACUAACAAUAUGGACUCUAGUGAACUGGAAAGGUCUCCCAAAUCUUGGGGCGAUGUGCGACUCGUAGUUCUUGGUGAUUCUCUUAUUGGAGGUCUAAGCUUCAAAGAAAUUCCUGCAGAAGAUCGGCCUAAAUUACGAGCUAGAUCUUUCAAAGGAGCGCGUCUUCAUAAGCUGCUACCCAUGGUUGAACCAGAAAUUACAAAAUUCAAGCCAGAUAUACUUGUUUUGUCAAUUGGUCGUGGUGAUUUAGCACAUUUAGGGUGUCAGCAUUUUCCAAAGGCUGAUCACCAGCAUCAUGUUUACACUAUAAGUUAUGAUUUUAGUGUUAAAGUGGCAGCAGCAGAAAUAUUCCAACAGUGGCACUCCUGGUUAUCUAAAUAUAACUGUAGAGUUUUAAUUGCUCUUACAUAUCCCAUUGACUUUCAAGAGUAUAAUUCCAAAAAGCUGCAACAUUGCCCAGAAUGCAAGGAUGAAUACAUUGACGAUGGUAAGAGGGAUAUUAUGAUAAAGAGGAUCCAAGAGUGGGGGAACUUGUUGACAGAACAAGAUGUUCCUGUGAUGUAUUUGGAUGAUGUUUUAAGGAGAAUCAACCCAGAUUAUAUGGAAACUGAUGCAAUUAUAGAGGAAAGUGACCGAGCUCUCAUAGAUGGUAUGAAACCAAGUAAAAAAUUUGCACAGAAUUUUUAUGCUGUAAUACGAGAAGCAACAGAAAAGUUCUUUCCAGAUUUUAUGCUAUCAGAAAAUAAUCCUGUAGAACAUGAUUCUGGAGGAAGUGAUGAUUCAUCUUUAACUGAGAAGAGAGAUGAUGUCAAUGGUGAUGAUGCUCCACCUGUGCUUCCCCCUCCAAAAAAGAAACCAAAACCUGCUUUCCGAUUUUAAUGUUAAAGACUAGAGAUAUUUUUCUUUGUGCUAUAAUUUUGGCACUGAUUUAACUGCACAAAACUGUAAGCUUUGUUUAGUACAGCAUAAUUUGCUUAUGUUUUGCAGGUAUCAUAAAUUGUGUGAAUAUCUGCCCUUUUACUUGUUCUUGAUGACUUCAUUAUAUAGACAUAACCUUGCACAUUAUAUAAUCUGUGGUUUUCUGGAUUUCGUUAACCUAUCUGGUUGCUGUCAAGUUUCUUAAUAUUGAUAAAUAAAUUUUUAAAAAUUCGUUCAUGGUUACAAAAUACAAGUCAAAAUCUGCAUACAUAUGUACGUACUAUCUUUAAUACUGAAAGUUUUCACUUAAACUUAUUUUUAGCUGUUACAUCAGGUUUUUUUUUCUAUAAAAUUAGGAUUGUAGAUGUUUUAGUUAUGGAGCCUUGUGUGUCAUUUUGACAAUGCAAAACCUCCUACACCUCAACUUGAUGGACGCUUCGGUGGUCGGCCCUUUCCGCUAAGUAACAAAGACUUACACUAUAGAGUACCCUGGUGCUAACUCUAAUCUAGUGUAGAUACAUAUAAAGUAUUUAAUAGCCUAUGCUAACUGGUAUUUUGUAACUGUCAUUCAAUUUAAAGUAUUGAAUUACUUAUUUUAAUUCAGAGAUAUAUCUGCAAAAUGAAUUGCUUCAAACAAUAUGUGUAUGUAUCUGUACCUACUCAAUGCUUAUGUGUGAAGUACUGUAUACAAAACCCGUACAGUAUAAAAAAGCACAUUAUUUCUUUUUAAAACAAUUAGCCCAACUUCUUCUUCUUCUUCUUCUUCUGAAAGAGAGAGAGAGAGAGAGAGAGAGAGAGAGAGAGAGAGAGAGAGAGAGAGAGGCAAGGCAAGCUUAUGUAUUCUAUAUACAUAGUUUAACUUAACAUGAUGCAACAUGUGUGUAUACAAUGUACAAAUGGACACACAAUGAAAAAUGUGCAAUACUAGAUUUAUUUUAUUAAGCACAGUACAGUGCAUUAUUGUAUAAAGUAGUACCCAUAACAAUAGAGUUCUGCACAGUUAUUGCAUAUUAUUUCCUAACAUGAUGUACAAAGAUUAAAGUUUUGGUUGUGUGUGUGUGUGUGCAUGUUUAUUCACUAUGCAGGAAAGUGUCAGUCAACAUGAGUCCACGUGUUCAUUCCUUCACCCUCCAUCCUUAUAGGCUCAAACAAGACAGCCUUAGUCUAUGCCCGAUAACCCUACACUACUUACCAAAUUUCCUCAGUAAGAGCAAAGUAUUUUUAUAAUUUUUACUAGACUGGGGCAAGUCCUAUAAGUAAGAAAAUCCACUGAUUUGAGUUGAUUUAAGUUGAGGUGCCACUGACUUAAAACUUCACUGUCUAGAAUGGUGCAGUGUUAGUUGAUAACAGUCAUGAACUAAAAGAUUUGUCUUCACUAGAGAAAACCCCUUUACUUUUUCAGCGUUGUUAGUUGUAAUAAAUAGUAUAAUGUUUAGCUUUGUUUUUGUGUUUUGAAAAAGUCAUUAAUUGUUUUUAAGUGAUAUUUUUGUUUUUGUUUCUUGUGCAAUAAGUAAAUUAUUACAUAAUCCAAAUUGUGAAUGAAUAAUAAUAUUGAUCAUAUUUAUAAGGGGUACAGAUUUGAUCUUGUCGUGCAUAUAGUAUAUAGCUGUGUAAUAAUCAGAUAUAAAGAAUUCCAGAAAAUGGAUUUACUCUGAAGAUUGUAUGAUACAAAAAAGUAAUGAUUUAGUUUUGUGUGUAGUAUUUAAGAAUGUUUGUCAUGGAGCCCUCAAGGUUUGUUCAAUAAUCAGUGUUAAAAAAAUACAGCAAGCUUAAAUAUCUCAAUUCUUUCAUUUGCAUGUUUUGAUCACUAGUAAUAGAAAUACUAAUUAUAUAUAUUUAGUUACAUGGACCACCUUAAAAUGUCAGUUUAAAAUGUUUGCUUUUCUUAAAGCAGUUGUAUUUUUGUAUAAACUAAAAUGUUUUCAUACUUAUGACUAUUGAGUUGGUAUCAUAUACUAAUUAAAUAAAAGCUAAUUA